AUGGCUUCCGCAAAUAAUAAUCUAGUCUUCAGAGAUGGUGGUAGCAAUAACAAGCCUCCACUAUUCUGUGGUGAAUACUUUGACUUCUGGAAAAUUCGGAUGAAGGCUCAUUUAGAAGCACAAGGAGAAGAAAUAUGGGAUGCUGUCCAAAAUGGUCCUUUUGUUCCUACAACGGUUGUUAACGGCGUUGGUUCAUCAAAGCCUAAAACUUCAUGGGAUGAUGAUGAUAAGAAGAAGAUCCUCUAUGAUAAAAAGGCAAUAAAUCUUCUUCAAAGUGCACUCAGCAUGGAUGAAUUUUUUCGCAUUUUGGCAUGCACAACGACAAAACAAAUAUGGGAUACCUUGGUAGAAACUCAUGAAGGAACUGCCGAAGUUAAAAGAUCAAUAUUAAAUACCUUGAGUCAAGAAUACGAGUUGUUCAGAAUGCAGCCCGGAGAAUCCAUCCUUGACUUGCAGAAAAGAUUUGUGCACUUGACAAAUCAUCUAAAAGCUCUAGGUAAGACUUUAAGUAAUGAUGAAUUGAAUCUUAAAGUGCUUAGAUCUUUAACCAGGGAAUGGCAACCAAAAGUGACGGCAAUAUCAGAAAAGAAAAGUCUAUCCACAAUGACUUCCGCUACAUUGUUUGGAAAACUUCAAGAAUAUGAGACGGAACUUGGAAGACUUGAAAAACAUGAGAAUCAAGAUAAGAAGUCCAAAAGCAUCGCUCUGAGAGUUAACUCCAAAGAUGUUGAGAAAGAAGACAAUCCGGAGGAGGAUGAAAACUUCUUGUUACUUGUUAAAAGGCUAGGAAAUUUUUUUGGUAAGAAUGACAAACCUUCCUUCUAUGCGAAAAGAAAGAAACACUUCAAGAAAAGAGAAGCUUCCACUUUAAUGCAAGAGGUAACAUGUUAUGAAUGUGGUAAGCAAGGCCACAUAAAACCAGAUUGUCCUCAACUACCUAAGAAAAGUGGAUUCAAAAGCAAGAAGGAGAACAAGUACAAAAAGGCUUAUGUCGCGUGGGAAGAUAACGAAAUAAGCUCGUCAUCCAACUCAGAUAGUGAUGAAAGUGCAAACCUAGCAUUAAUGGCCUCACACCAUUCCGAUGAUGAAGCAAAUGAGAAACAAAUCUCAGUUUGGGAAGAGAAAAAUGAGAAAAUGGAAAAAGGUUUUGAAGUUGAAAAAGAAAAGAUGAUUAGUGAUCAAAAACAAAAUUUUGUAUGCAAUAAAUGUGAGUCACUUUCUUUUCAAAUUGUCCAACUAAAAAGAGUUCUUGAAAGAUACGAAAAAGGACAAAUUGGAUUGGAGGGUGUACUUAGCCAAAAAAGAUAUUCAAAUGAUAAAAGUGGGCUUGGUUACUCAAGGUUUUCAAAACCAAGCUCAAACAAGACAAUCUUUGUUAAGGCAAGUGACCAACCAAUCCAAGAGAAAGUGAACAAACCUAAAAUAGUUCAUCAUUAUCCUAAAAAGAAAAACCUUGUUAAGAAGAAGUUUUAUCCUUCUAGGUAUAGAAGUAAUUUUGAACCAACAUGCUUUUAUUGUGGUAUUAAAGGCCAUGCACCUAAUGCUUGCUAUAUUAGAAACUUUAGUGUUGCUAAUGGGAAUUACGUAUGGGCUUGCUUGGAAUCCAUAUCAAACUUAUGGUAUAUCGAUAGUGGGUUUUCCAAGCAUAUGACGGGAGACAUGAACAAAUUUUCAAAUCUAAAGCUUAAAGCCAAGGGUUUUGUUACAUAUGGAGAUAACAACAAAGGAAAGAUUCUUGGCAAAGGCAUUGUUGGUGGACCACCUUCACAUCCAUUGAAGAUCAAAGCUUAUAGGAUUUAUAACAAAAGAACUUUAACUAUUGAGGAAUCUAUGCAUGUAUCAUUUGAUGAAACUAACCCCUCCAAGGAGGAUAUUAUUGUUGAUAAUGAUGAUGAUUUAGUAGAUAUUCCUCAAGAGAUAGAUUUCAUAUCCGAUGAAAAACUUAACCGCCACCAUAAGGAGCAUCAGUUAGGCAUGGCAGCCCUUAGGAAAAUGAUGACUAAACUCUCUCAUGCUCCUAAACCACCAACUGUACCCGACAAUGAUGAAGAUGAUGAUGAUGCCGAGAUUGAUGCAAUGUUUGAGAGUCCUUAA